AAAAAUAAAAACGUAGUUAAAAAAUAAUAAAAAGGGAACACUUUUUGCAGUCCUAAGUAACUUUAAAAGCUAAUCUUCCGGCCAGAACUGCUUUCCUUUUUUAUAUCCCCUCAUAAAUACUACUAUACAAUUCCAUUGCAUGGAAGAUCAAGAUGAAGAAGAGGAUGUCGACUUCUAUUUAUACGAAGGCCGAAGCUAAAAGACAGAGAUUAUUUACUCACCGCUUCCUCCCCAUGAUUCUUUUGCUUUCUGCAGCCUUCUUCAUAGGAAGUGCAUUUAUAGUCACGGAUUAUAAAGAGAGAAUUCUAGGAUGGGGGUCUGUUAUGGUUUUUCAGUACACAAGACCUAAGAUCUGUGAGACCCAGUGCAGGGCUUAUGGAAGUGAAGCAUUGCCUAGAGGAAUUAUUUCCGAGACAUCUGACUUGGAAAUGCUGCCAUUAUGGGGUCUACAGAGUAAGAAGAAGCCAAAGUUGUCCAAGAGCUUGUUAGCCAUUGCAGUUGGCAUAAAGCAAAAAGAAAAUGUCAACAAGAUGAUCAAGAAGUUUCCAGUGAAUGAUUUCGCCGUGAUGCUUUUCCAUUACGAUGGCAUUGUGGAUCAGUGGAAGGACUUAGAGUGGAAUGACCGUGUUAUACAUGUCUCUGCUGCCAAUCAAACGAAGUGGUGGUUUGCAAAGCGCUUUUUACAUCCAGAUAUUGUUUCGGAGUAUGCCUACAUCUUCCUUUGGGAUGAAGACCUUGGGGUCGACCACUUGAUGCUAAAAGGUUUGUUGUAUAGAUACCUUUCGAUAGUUAAAAAGGAAGGGCUUGAAAUAUCACAGCCAGCCCUUGAUCCUGAGAAGUCAGAGCUGCAUCAUCCGAUUACCGCAAGGGACAAAAAAUCAACAGUACACAGGAGGACGUACAAGGUGAUUGGUAGGACAAAGUGUAACGAAAACAGCACCGGUCCUCCUUGUACAGGAUUUGUGGAAAUGAUGGCUCCUGUUUUCUCCAGAGCAUCUUGGCGCUGUUCAUGGCAUAUGAUUCAGAGCGAUCUGGUUUAUGGAUGGGGAUUGGACUUUCAGCUUGGUUAUUGUGCACAGGGUGAUCGAACCCAAAAAAUUGGAAUUGUCGAUUCUGAGUACUUGGUUCAUGAUGCUCUUCCUACGCUUGGAGGCUUGGAAGCAAACAAGGGAGCAUCACCUUCCAGUGAGUCUGGUGGAAGAUCUGAGGUUAAAAAGCAAUCAUUCAUUGAAUUAGAGAUCUUCAAAAACAGAUGGAAGAGAGCUGUAAAGCAAGACAGUUGCUGGUCUGAUCCGUACGAUCUAUCGACAAAAAAACAGAAGUAAUGCCCACCUAAAGACGGAUUAGAGGAAGAAUUUGGUUGAACAUGCAUGUAGAGGGUCACGAACACUGAAUUUUCUAAACAAGGAAUGAAAUAGGAAGAAAUAUACUUAAAAGCAUCCGCAAAAUACUUAUCUUGAACUAUAGAUACACUGUAUCAGCUAUAUUAAUAUCCAUAAAUUGUGGCUAACCCUUCAAGUUGAACUACUUUUCAUUAUGUACUAACUAGUUAUACUGCACUAUUGGAAAAAUGAAUAUCAACUACAUAUGAUAAA